UGUAUCUGUAGGUGCAAACGCAUUCAGCUGCUGGUGUAUAAAAGUGUAUCCUUAAAUUCCGCUUUGUAUUUCUGACUUUGAAAUCUCCUGUUGGAGCAACCUCUCGUUUUUUUUACACAAUAUCAUGAUAGCAAAAAUUCUCACGCUCUGCCUAGCGGUUGUUCUGGUGGCAGCUGAACUUUCGGACGACGAGCCCAGUUCAUCACGUGUGAGCACCAGUGAUAUGGACACCGGCAAUUUCAGAACUGGCAUGGCCCGCCAAGCGCUGAUUCCAUACAGAGAGUUUCUGACCGUACGGUGCACAAAGGGUUAUUCGGUGGCUGUCCAUGGAGCAUGGUACGUGAUGUUGAGCGACGACGAACUGGAAGCCAUGGAAACCGAUACCUGCAAACACUCGGACAUUCCCGACAAGAACCAUUUGUGUCCGACGUCCCAACAAAAUGAGCCGGGACUUUGUAGGUUAUACUCUCGGGAUCCUUCUACUAAUGCCAAGUGCCGGAGACGCGGAGUGCAGAUUGUCUACAACUGCCAUAACGCUAUGUUACGUUCGUGAUGCCGCACCCCCAUCCCCACCCGUACAAUGGCACAAGUCCCCAAAGCGAUGAUACUGAACGCCCGAACGCUGAACUUGAAGGGGAAACCAUUAUACAAAUUACAAACAUCAUGAAAGACCAUGGCCAUUCGAAAUAUUUGUGCAGAGUAUUGCUUGAUGGGAGUCACACUGAAUGCUUUCUAAAUUAAAAUCAGGUUAUCCUGUUUCCUUUCUACUGCAUAAACUUUGCAUUUAAUGCACUUCUUCUCUGUAAAUGUGAAGGUGAGCCCGAAACAAUACACUACCCUA